GCUCUCCUUUCAUUCUUUUCACUCACACACACACAAACAAACAAACCUCUUUUCAAAUGGCUGCAAACCUCAGUUUAAAUUAGGUUUUCAUUUGUAAACACUUGACGGGUGAUCUGACAUUUCUUUUGGUCUCAGUUUUAAAUGAACUCCAACAACAUGGAUCACAGAAAGACAGUGGAUGUGCCUCAGCUCAGCAAUGAAAUGCAACUGAACCUCAUGAACAUGGUGAAAUCAGGGAAGAUGAGUGUUGAUGAAGCUUUAAUUCAGGCUAAAAGUGGGAAACUGAAGGAGCUGCAAAAGAAUUUUGUCCUUGAGGGACAACAUUCACAAUACAACUUCAGUGUCCGUAAGUUCAACCGCUACAUAUGGCAGAAACGGGUGCUACAGAUUGAUUUCAGCACAAAUCUAUUGUGCAGCAUCGAGAAAGGCAUUGUAAAAAGGCAACUCCUCUUCUCUGAUGUGAAAAACUGCCAUGAUACUGCAGGCACCAGAUUCACAAUUUCAUUCAGAGGUCGACCUGAUUAUGAGCUGGAAGCAGCAUCUUUAGAAGACAAACAGAAGAUCAUGCAGCUUGUAAACCAGAUAAUCUACAGAAACAUAUACAUCCCAGCUGUGGACAGAUCUAUGGAAAUGGAAACCCCACAUUUAGCUCUAGAGAGCAUCAAAGAGGGCCGCCUUCUACUCCAAAGAGGAGGACUGGCAUCAUUUAAAUGGAAAAAAUAUGAAGCUCAUCUUCAAUCCGGUCAGCUGACCCUGUGGCCUGUUGUUCAGCAGCCUGUUGCAGCUGAUUCAGAUGUGUGCAGGUCCUCCAGCUCGUCUGUCUGGCAACUGUCAGACAUGUACACCAAUGUGCCUGAUAACAGUUGUGCUGGAGGGGAUGGGACAGCUGUUAUCAUCCAUCUCUCAGACGGUCAUGUCAGGGUGGAGACCUCAUGCACCGGUGAAACUUUCACGCUGCUCAAUGACAAGAAUGAGUUCCUGUUCAGAAUACCAAAGAAUGACCACAUGUCCCCAGAGGCCAUAAGAAAUGAGCGAGAUACCUGGGUGAAGGCAAUUAAAGAUCUGUGUAAUGACUGGAAACGAAUGUCACGACAGGAAAAUUUCUAUGAAGACCCUCAAAAACAAAGGGACAUCGAUGACAUUACAGAAACCAUUAAAGAGUUAGAAUGUGAGACUCACAAUAACCAAGUGACUAUCAAACCUCCACCAAUACCACCUUCACUGAGGCCACGCUUAUCAAAAGCUCCCCAAGCUGGCUCCCCUUCUGAUACACCAACAGCACCAGAGCCGGGACUUGAUUCUUUGGAAGCAACAGAACCAGAACUGAAGCCAGUCCCAACAGCACAAAGCGGAUCUGUACACAAACCAGUGGAGAUGCCCUUAGCAGUGAUCUCAUCAGUGGCAAUAAGCUCAUCACCUUCUCCACCUUUGGUGUACUCGUUGCUAUCACCAGUGCCACCAACAUUGCCAAGUCCAACGUUGUUGUACUCUUUGCCAUCACCAGUGCCUUUGCCACCAACAUUGUCAGGUUCUGUUGCAAACCAGUCUGUAUUACCUGCUCCUUUGCCCCCUCCAUUGCCCAAGAAAAGGUCAUCAAAGCUGUAUUCACAGAGGACUAAAGCUUUUCAUUGGGACCUGGUGACUCAGGAUAAGAUUGACAAGUCAAUAUGGGCUCGCAAAAACCCAAAGAAGAUCGAAAUCGACACGUCACGCUUGUAUGAGCUUUUUGGAGUGAAAGAAUCAAGCAGCUGUGGCACAUCAGACUCCAGCAGUAAUGUGGAAAUCAUGUUGAACGCAAAGAUCGCUCACAACUUCAAUAUUUUCCUCAAAAGUUUCCCUGUGCAUCCAAAAGAGCUGAAGGACAAAUUGUUGAUAAUAAAUGAAGAGGAGGGGGGUCUCUCCGAUGAGCACAUCGCCUCUCUCAGGAGGUACGUGCCCACGGCAGAUGACAUUGAGAUGUAUAAAUCAUAUAAAGGAGACGUGACUGAUCUGCAUGUGGUGGAUCAGUACAUGAUGGAGAUGUGCAACAUCCCGAACCUCAGCAGCUGUCUGGACCUAAUGCUCACGUUACGAGAACUCCCCAUUUGUAUGGAAGACCUCACACCGCUGAUUAGCCAGAAGAUCCACAUGUGCCAGCAGCUGUGGGGUUGUGAGUCAUUUGUCAGCGUGCUGGAGUACCUUCUCGCUGUGGGCAAUUACCUCAACCAGAAUGCAGGCAAGGAGAGGGCCAAGGGAUUUCGCCUCUCUUCCUUAACUAAGCUCUGUCAGCUGCGUGGGUACAAUCGGAAGUUCACCUUGCUGCAUGCCCUAGUGGAGCAGAUCAUGUUACAAGAACCACAUUUGGUCACCUUUUUCCUUGAGCUUGCGGAAUUCGAGACUGUUCCAGGGGCCUCAGUUAAAGGCCUGACAGCAGAGGUGGACGUUGUGAAGAACGAGUUUCAGAAGGUCAUACAGUACAGGAAAGCACACAAACGGAAUAACGGUCAGCACCCAAAAUUCUUCAAAGACUUGAAGAUGGCCAUCGAGAAGUAUGAGAGCAAUCUCAGACAGCUGAUGAAGAGGAGUGAGGAGAUGAGGAAGCUCUACACUGACAUACUGAUAAAAUUCGGAGAGCCUUUGGAUCAAGACUCCCAAGAACUUUUCGGAUGGGUUUGCCAAUUUAUCAAUGACUUCAAGAAAAUCUACGCUGAAUUUUCACAAUGAGACCUGUUUCCCAGGAUAAUAGCCUCAUGGAGAGCGUUUUUGUGUGUGUGAAUGCUGAGUUCAGGACCUGCUUUCUCAAGCAUUUCGUACACUUUCAGUUUCAAUGCACUUUGACUGUCUAUAUAUAUAGCAUCUACUGUACAGACCAAGAUCAACCUUGUCUGGAUCUUUCCCAGUGCUGGUGAUUGCUUUGAUUAAAAGUCUUAGCAAGCUGGCUUCAUGUGGAUAUUUGACCCAGUGCCAUAACAAACAGCUCGGAUUCACUGUCGCAAUUCGACCCCCUAGUGGCAGUCAUAAUAUUCUUUUAGUUUCUUCGCAAAGCCGCCUUUUUUACCCAUACAGACACGAGAUGUUCUAGUUGCGUCAUGAAGCGUGACAUCAAGAAUAUUUAACCUGCGUUAAAAGACGAUGACAGACAAUAUUAUGGAGGGAACAUAUUCAAAUAUAAGUGAUAAACAACUUAAAUAUUUGUUCCUGACUCAUUUAUUUAUAAUCCGUCCAAUAGGACUGGGUGAAAAUAUACAUUUUCCAAUGCAUCGCAAUCUUCAUUUGAAUCUUUCACUCUAUGCACAACCCUCUACAAUGCAACUAAAUCACUUGCAUGUACGACCAAAUUUCAAACUAUGCCACUAAAAUUGACUUCGAUUAGCAACUGGCUUGAAAAUGUUCUGAUUUUGCUCACCAUGAUUGAGUAGUAAAGUGGACAAGAAGUUCAGUACCAAAAUCCUUUCACUAUAUUUUGAGUCAACGUGUAGACUGCUCAUCCAUUUUAUGUGUGUCCAAAGACGAGAUCCACACAACCCAAUGAAUACUCUUAAUAUCAUUUCUGUUCUUUACAGUCAGUUGAACGUUUAAAUGUAAUCACACAUACAACGAAUGGGGUAUAGAACCAAUUCGAUUCCACUCUCGUUAAUAUGCGCUCAGCCAAAACAUUUCUGUGACGCUCGCUGAACAGAUGCUGUUCUUAAAGAGACAGUACCGUUUUAACACUAGUUCGACAUAUUUAAUGUAAAUACUUGUAUGUAGUACAAAUAACUGCAUUAAAAAAAGGUAAAAUGUGACCAAAAUGAAAAACUAAUCAUAUAUUAUUUUUUAUUAAUAUUUUUGUAAUGUACAGUACCUAGUUAGAAGGUACCCUGUAUAAUUAAAAGCAUUAGCUGGGAGGUAACGUAUUUAAUAUGUAUGAAAAUACCCCGCCCUACCAUCCAGUCUGCAAAAGUAGCAUAAGUCCAAUGUAAAGUUUAGCAAUUUUUUUAUUAUUAUUCUUUCUUCAUGCCCAUAGUUUUGGUUGGAAUUCAUCACAUCCGGUCAGACAGUUGCAUACUACAUCAACACAUCCUCAAAUGGGAUCCUAAAAUCUUGCAUUCAUGCCCUGCUGCUACACUCCAUUGGAAAUUUGCUGGUUUAGCAUUCUGCGCUGAUUUAUCAGUUGUUUGUUUUAAGCAGUGAAAAGGCAGAUGUCUUCAAAUGUCAGAGUCUUCAAAUGUGCAAAGGGUGGUGAGCUUCAAUCUUGUAGUGUGAAUUCAAACCUCUCUGGUGUGAAAGAGGAAGAUCUGGUUCUGACAGCCAGCUGAAAGCCGUCCAUGUCUCUCUCUGUGGCCUUGAGGACACGUGUGUUUAAUGGUUGAUACAGAAAUGAUCCACAGUGGUGGUGCAGCACAGGACAUCCAAAUGUCCCCUUUUUUUUAAAUGGAUCCCCACAGAAAAGAAAGAAUGAAGUCAAAUAAAAAAUGGAGAAACAAAUCUCUUUUGAAGUCUGGAUGUCUUCGCAAAAUAUGGAUUUACAAGCUCAAGACUUGUAAUCUGUUUGUAAUGAACACCUACUGAACAAAGUCUGUCUGCCGCUGAUGGAAUAGUUUGCACAAAAAUGGAAAUUCUGUCAUUAUUUACUCACCCUUAUGUUGUUCCAAACCCACAUGGCUUUAUUAGUGAAAUUUGUGAGGUAUGUUGCUCGUUCACAGUGGCAUGCGUAUUCGUGCAAGAACUUGCAUUUUUUAGAGCUAAACAAUGCAAUCUCUUGCGUAAAACAAAUUAUUCAGUUAUUUAUACUUUAUAGUUUACCUUUGUGCGACCUUUGUGGAUGAUGUAUUUUUGCUUCGCUAUACACAACACAUAAUUUAAAUUAAACUGACUGAAUAGUGUUCACGAGACUUUAGACUGUCAUUUAAGGGUUAAACUUAUGGCACAUCGAGUCACGUGGCACAAUAGCAUGGCGUCGAUUUCCUUGAAGCGCUUCUACGGGCGCAAAGCCAACAAAAGUGCAAGAAACCUAUUCAAGUUUUUCCAUUGAAAUCUGUUUGGGUGUAAAGAGUAGUGUCUCUAGUUUGUGCGCUGAUAAGCAGGAUGUUUUGGGAUAUAAUUCCCUUUGAAAAAAAAAUUACAAAGUUUUAUAUUUUGACUAGCUUUCAACAUUAACACAUCUGUGGGUCAUUUUAUUCAUUUUAGUAUAAAUUUUGUUAUAUUCUAUUUGUUUUCACUGUACAAUACGGUUCUAUUAAUUAACAUAAGUAAAUAAAUUCCAAUAUUCACUGUGCAUUUUCACUUUUGAGAAUCAAUGGGUUCAUCCAAAAGCUGAAAAAUGUUGCUUUCAGAGGCUUUAUAUGAAAUUAGGAUAAAAGUAAGGUGACUUUCGAACUGUUCUGAGAUGAGUGCAGACAGACAGUACACUGGAGGUUAAGUCAUUCACUAAAUAGUUAGCAAGGGAGCCCCCAAUAACUCUCUAUGCAGCUAAGUGCAUUCACUCCUAAAAUCUGACCAAAUGUUCAGUUUCGCUGCAGAUGAUAUUUGGACCACUCAGCAUGGUUGGCAGACAUGGGACAAUGAUAAUCAGUACAAAGAUUCACAAUUUAUAAUGUAUAAUUUUAUUUUAACAUAGUUGGCAUGUUAAUACUCAACACUCCUGGAAAUGUAAUAAACUAUUUGAUGAAAAACUUUCUAUAGCUUAUAGUAUGGUAUUAUUUAAAAAUUCAAAACGCAGUCCCACUGUCCACUUAUGUGGAUAUGCAUUUUUUGAAGAACUAUUUUCUCUAUAACUUUUUUCAACACACUCUCACGGCAAAAUCAUCAGGAUUCGUUCGACUUUUCUAAAUUUGGUAAUUCGUAUGAUGUCAUGCAACUGCACUCGUUUGAAUUCCUACGACUUUCACUACAGCCAAUGACGUCGCUGGACAUAAUUUCCAUCUAAUACACGACAAUUACUUGCUUCUGUCACACACAACAGCUUCCUAUCAUGUUUACAUAUUAUUGCUUGUUUAUUAGGUGCUACUAGUACAAAAUCAAAAAGGGAAAUGGAAAACGCACACAGCAGUCACGCCCGGGUCUCAGGAGGUUAAAAAUGGCUUGCAAAGUUGUUUCUCAUAUGCCUUCUUGGAAUAUUAGGAAUUUGACACACAAGUCUCAUGGAGUAGGCUACUUUUAUGCCACUUUUGGAUCCUUUUUCAAGCUUUAAAGUGAGUCACUAUCCACUGCCGUUGUAUUGACCAGACAGGAUGUUCUUUAAAACAUCUUGUGUUCCGCAUAAAAAAGAAAGUCAUGUGGGUUUGGAUCGACAUGAGGGUGAGUGAAUUAUGGCAGAAUUUUCAUUUGGGUGAGCAAUUCCUUUAAAAUGAUUGAAUUAACUGCAUUUUUAAGGAUGAUGUUGGGCAGAAAUAGGUAGAAAUAACUGCAUAAAGUAUCUUUUUACAGUGUAUGAUGUGCCCUUGUAUAUUUGAACUUGACUGCACAGGCAAAAAUAAUUGUAUGUUUUAUUAAAGAAAUCUAUUAAUGCCAAAAAGGCUAUAUUCAAAUUGUUGUUAUACAAGUCUAAUCCAUCCUCUAAUGCCUUCAUUUGCAUGUAAAGUAUUUAUAAUUUACACUUUUUAAAUUAAACCAAAUAAUGCUUAAAAACAUGAGUGCUCUAGUAUCACAAAUCUGUCGCUAAAUGCAUGUCCUGCUUUGCACUGCAUUUGUUUUUCGUUCUUGCUCUGAACAAUCUGUACUCUGUUGUAUAAAGCCAUGUUUGGAUUUAUAUUAGAAAAAAAUUAUAUAUAUUCUUAUUCCAGUGAGGGGAUUAUGCCUGUUAGCUUAAAUUACCCCACCUGCAUCACACACGGGUCUGUGAGCUUUUACUGCAUUAUUUUAAAUCCCUAAAUCUUAAAUCAGCUUUUUAUCUUCUAGAUUCUCAGUUGCUGCCAUGUAACCUUGUUUUUUAUGUAACUGGUUUAUGUCUGGCUGCGGGCCAUACUAAGAGUGGGCAGCCAAG